GGGGGAUUUUGAAUUUUCAGCAGCAUCACUAUUGUCUUUCGGAGCGAAGUGGCAAAAGUACCGCUUUUGGGAUAUGCUGGUUGAGGCUUGACAUAGCUAGCUACAGAUAUUGAAGCAGGAUGAGCUGGGCAGUGGAGGAGUGGAAGGAUGGUCUUUCAGGCAAAGCCCUGCAGAAGAUACAAGAGAUUGAGGGACAGCUGGACAAGCUGAAGAAGGAGAGGACUCAGAAACAGUUCCAGCUCGACGCACUGGAGGCUGCUCUACAAAAACAGAAACAAAAGGUUGACAGUGAGAAGACCGAGGCGUCGGCUAUUAAGAGGGAGAACCAGGCCUUAGUAGAGUCAUGUGACGCCCUGGAGAAGGCCCGUCAGAAGGCGACCCAUGACCUGGGGGUCAAAGUGCAACAGGUCAGCAACCUGGAGGGUCAGCUCGGCACCAGCAAGAAGACCAUAGAACGACUGGAGCAGGAACUCAAGAAAUAUAAGAAUGAAAAGGACCGUUCUCAGCCCUCCCACUCCUCUGAUGUACAGUCCUACAGCACUCCUCAGAAGACCUUGGCCACUCCUGCUGCUACCCCCAGCUUCAGACAGCAUGACUCCAGGCUGGAGGACCUUCAGGAGAGACACAACCAGGAGGUGGAAGAGAGGAAGAGACUGGAAGCCGAACUCAAAAUCACACAGGUCAAACUGUUGAACCAGUUGUCCGUCAGUCAUAAGGACAUUGCCGCCCGGCAACAAGCAGGCUCCUCCAUAUUCCCAUGGCAACAGCAGGACAAGGGCCGCCAGUCCCAGGACACCAUUGAAACGCCCCUGACGAGACGAGCAGUGGGCGGGACAUCCACUGGCGGCUUCCUGUGGAACACAGAGGAUACACCAAUCAAACCCAUCCAGCGAAUCAGCACAUCUGUAUCCCAGUUUGACUCUGAUGGCUCCUCCUCCCAGCAGAUGGAACAGCUGAGGACACUGAAUCAAGAGCUGAAGAGUAAAGUGUCUGAGCUGGAGCAGCGUCUGCAGUCACAGGAGAAGGACACGAGGCUGCAGAGCGGCAGGCUCCAAGAGCUACAAGGCCAGCUGGACCAGGCUAGGAGAGACCUGACAGACAGAGACAAGACCCUGGGCAAGAGCAGGGAUGAACUUAGCAAGGCUACCACUCAGCACGAACAAGCUGUCGCCAAGUGUGUGUCAGUGGAGCAGAAAUUGAAGCAGGUCUCUGAGGAGAUGUCCUGCCAGAGGCACAAUGCUGAGAGCUGCAGACGAGCUCUGGAACAGAAGGUCAAGGACCAGGAGAAGGAGAGCCAGAAGGAGCUGGCCCACCUCCAGAACAGCCACCACGCCCUAGAGCAGCAGUUUAACCAGACCAAGACCAAGCUGAACCAGGAGAUACAGCAAGCCAAGAAAGACCACAACAUCCUGCAGGCUGAGAUGGACAAGGUGUCAUGCCAGAGGAGCCAGCUGGAGAGAGACCAGGAGGAGCAGAAACAGAAGCUGCUGAGGUCGGAACAGAGCCUACAGGCCAGCCAAAACAAGGAGCAGGACCUCAGGAAGAAAUUUGAGGAGAUGCAGAGAGAGAAGAACGUUGUGAGCGCCCAGCUGGACCAGGGCAGCAAGAGGCUGUCUCAGCUGGAGGAGGAGAGGAAGACCUCUGAGCAGAACCUCAAACGCACCCAGAGCAUGCUGGAUGACUUCAGAGGCAAAAAUGAAGCCCAGUGCGACGAGCUGAAAGGACUUGUUACUAAACUGGAAAGCCAGACCAGGUCGUCAGCCCAAGAUCUAGAGAACCUAAAGAAAACGCUCGCCGACGCAGAGACCAAGAAUGACAAGACUCAGAGUGAACUGAAGACACAAAAACAGGAAGUGGAACAGAUCACAAACAAACACAACGCUCUGGAGAAGGAGAUCCAGGAGCUGAAGACAACCCUGACCACCACACAGAGUGAGUGUGUGCAGCUGAAGAAGGAGUGCGAGACACUUCAGGGAUGGAAAACAGAGAAGGAGACACUCGUUAAUGAGACUGAGGCUGUGCAGCAAGGCUUUGCUGACAAAAUCACUGAGCUGGAGAAGAGUCUGGGCUCGUUGAACGACGAUAACAGUGGUCUAAUGGAGCAGCUGAAGACUCUGGAUGCUGAGAAGGCUUGUCUAUCGGGGCAGAUCGACUCCCUGAAGGGAGAACUCCUCAUCAAGUGCACCGACCUGGAGGAGAAGGGCCACAUGUACGAAGAGCUCCAGAAACAGCUGGAGGAGUCUGACCAGAAACACUCCAAAGACCUGGAAAACGUUGGGUUACAGGUGACCCAGCUGGAGGGACAGGUGAAGGACCUGGAGUCCAGGCUGCAGGUGGAGACUGGCAGGGCGGAGCGGGCCGAAAGGUCUCACACUGUGCUCCAGGAGCAGUACCAGGCGGCCUGCGACCUGGCCCGGUCUAAAGAUGCUCUUGUGGAGUUGGGCCAGAGCGAAGUAGCCCAGCUCCGGGAGAGCCUGGCUCAGAUCACGGCCCUGCAGGAGGAACAGCUGGCCAGGUUUACCCAGGAGAAGAGCACCCUCCUGAAGGAGUGUGAGGAAAGCGUAGCGGCAAAGGCAGACGAGGCUGAGCAGGCCAAGCUGAGCCUGGUUAAGAUUCAGCAGGAGCUGCCAUUCCUCCAGGACCAGGUGGCUUCGCUGGAGUCCAACCUGAAGAUCCAGAAAAGUUUGGGUGUUGCGCUACAGGCCAAGUAUGACAACCUUGUCAAUACUAAAGAGGAUCUUGUGGAGAAGCUUUCCGAGGCAGAAAAGCGAGGGGAAAGUCUUCAGGGUGAAGUCAAUAGCCUCUCAGAGCAGGCGAAGACUGUCGGCUCUCUACAGGAGCGCUGUGAUAAUCUGACAGCUGCGGCACAGGAGACCAUAAGCGCUCUGCAGAACAUGACCGAGACCCUGACCCAGACUGAGACAGAGCUGCAGACACUGAGAGACAUGGUUGAGAAACUGGAAGCUCAGCUGAGCGAAGCUGAGAAAAAGGCCUCAAAUCUUGAGAGGGACAAGGCAGAGAUGGUAGAGAAGAUCCAAAGGGAAGCUGAAGAGGUUUCUGUGAAGUAUCAAAGCCUUCAGGACUCCCAGGAAGAGGAGAGGAAUGGUUUGCUGAAGAAGAUCUCUACAUUGAAGCACAGACUCGCUGAGAAUGACGCUGCUUCCACCCAGCUGUCUUCUGAUCUGAAGAACUCCCUAGAAGCGCUGCAGAAGACCCACUCUGCUGCCGUGGAGCUCAACUCCAACUUGGAGAGCAGCCUGGUGGAGAAAACAAACCUAAUCUCCUCUCAGGAGAAGGAAGUCAAAGAGCUCUCAGAGAGACUCCGUAAGGAAACCGAGAGCCAUGUUACAGAGAUGGAGACUUACCUCCAGAAACAGAGAGGCCUGAAGGAGCAGCUUGAUAUUGUAAAGAGCCAGCUGGAGAGUAAAAGCCAGGAGGCAGCCGAGGCUAAGGAGAAGUGGGAGAGGGCCUCACUAGAACUGUCUAAGCUGAGAGAAGAUUUGUCUUCUGCCAGAAACAGUGUCGAUGAGAAAGGCCGUAAGAUCAAGAGUCUGAAAGAGAGGUUGAACCAGGCUGAGUCUGAACAAGACAAAGCUACCGAGGCCCUGAAAGAGAAGGUCAUCAGCAUGAACAAGAUCAAGGUCCAGCUGGAGAUGCUUCAGAUGGACCUGGAGGACAAUGAGGCCUGCAUGAACUCCUUUGACACCCAGAUAGAGGAGCUCAAAGGAACCGUGGAGGAACUCCGAGGAACCGUGGCCUCUCUGGACGGGAGACUGGAGGAGAGCGCGACGCAGAGGUCCACCUUGGAGACCGAGCUGGGCUCUGUCAAAGAGCAGCUGUCAGAGAAGAGCUGUGAAGUCACCCAGCUGACAGCAAGUCUCGAAGACGCUCGCCAGCAGGCAGGUUUAGUGGAAUCACUCCAGGCCACUGUCGAUGGGCUGAUGGAGACUCUGGAGGAGGUGGUUAGAAAACACAGCCAUCUGGAGAUGGACAUCAUUCAGCUCACUGAGGAGAAGGAGCAGUUGACUGUGGAGAAGGAGUAUAUGACUGUGGAGAAGGAGCAGUUGACUGUGGAGAAGGAGUAUAUGACUGUGGAGAAGGAGCAGUUGACUGUGGAGAAGGAGAAUUUGACUGUGGAGAAGGAGCAGUUGACUGUGGAGAAGGUGCAGUUGACUGUGGAGAAGGAGCAGUUGACUGUGGAGAAGGAGCAGUUGACUGUGGAGAAGGAGCAGUUGACUGUGGAGAAGGAGCAGUUGACUGUAGAGAAGGAGCAGUUGACUGUGGAGAAGGUGCAGUUGACUGUGGAGAAGGAGCAGUUGACUGUGGAGAAGGAGCAGUUGACUGUGGAGAAGGAGUAUAUGACUGUGGAGAAGGAGCAGUUGACUGUGGAGAAGGAGCAGUUGACUGUGGAGAAGGAGCAGUUGACUGUGGAGAAGGAGCAGUUGACUGUGGAGAAGGAGCAGUUGACUGUGGAGAAGGAGCAGUUGACUGUGGAGAAGGAGCAGUUGACUGUGGAGAAGGAGAAGUUGACUGUGGAGAAGGAGUAUAUGACUGUGGAGAAGGAGCAGUUGACUGUGGAGAAGGAGCAGUUGACUGUGGAGAAGGUGCAGUUGACUGUGGAGAAAGAGCAGUUGACUGUGGAGAAGGAGCAGUUGACAGUGGAGAAGGAGAAGUUGACUGUGGAGAAGGAGCAGUUGACUGUGGAGAAGGAGCAGUUGACUGUGGAGAAGGAGCAGUUGACUGUGGAGAAUGAGCAGUUGACUGUGGAGAAGGUGCAGUUGACUGUGGAGAAGGAGCAGUUGACUGUGGAGAAGGAGCAGUUGACUGUGGAGAAGGAGCAGUUGACUGUGGAGAAGGAGAAGUUGACUGUGGUGAAGGAGCAGUUGACUGUGGUGAAGGAGCAGUUGACUGUGGAGAAGAGGCAACUCGAGGCUGACUUGCAGAGGCACGGUCUGAAUGCUGGAGACGAGAGGGACGCGGUCAAACAGGAGAACGAGUGUCUCCAGCGUACGCUACAGAGCCUGACGGAGAACUACGAGGCUGUUCAGGCUGCGUUUGAGAGAGCGACCCGGCAGAGCGAGGACCAGGCCAGAGAGAGGCUUGGAAAGUUUGAGAGGGAACAAACAGAGCUCCACCAGAGACUGAGCGGACUGCAGGGUGAACUGGCCCUGUUCAAGGAGCAGUAUGACAGCCUGAUGACACAGGCAAGUCAGCAGCAGUCCCUCAUAGAGCAGCUUCAGACCAAGAGAGACCAGAAGGUCUGUACAGGAGCGGUGGACGGACCGACUUCCAGACAGACGUCAGGCUCCUUCGUCAACGUCAGCUUACCCCUAAAAGACGAUACUGAGGAGAUGAAACCCACAGCGGCUGAGCAAUCAGAUGACCUCCACAACUCUGAGGUACCUCUACAGCCAGGGAGGGACCUCAACGAUGAGCCAGCUGAGGAGUCCAGUGACUGCAUGGAUGAAGUCCCUGUAGAGCAGCAGAAAGCACUCCGUGAAAGCCUAGAUAAUGAUGAUAUGACCGUCAGGGGUGAACAUCCAGCAGUCUCCAGAACUCCCCCUGACCAGGACCAGCUGGACCAGAGCAGGGAGGCGGUCAGAAAGCUAGAGGAGGAGCUACAGACUCUCCACUCCCAGCUUGACCUCGCUACCUCUGAGAUGACCCUCAGGAAGGAGCUGUGCUCCGAGCUGGAGGUCAAAGUUGAAGGGUUAGAGGUGAAGGUCCAACAGAUGGAGGAGGAGAGGUGUGGUGCCGCGGAGAAGAUUAGCGCUGCCCUAGUGGAGAGACGGACGCUAGGUGACCAGAUCUCAGAGCUGACAGAGGAGGCAGAGUCCCUGAGACUGGAGCUGCAGACCUCCAAAUGUCAGCUCUCUGAUGUCAUGGAGAUGCUGGAGACACUGGAGAUGGCCAAAGGUGGUUGGGGCGAGAGGUUCUUCCAGGUAGAGAGCGAGCUGAAGAGGGUUUGUUCUGAGAAGGCCAAUCUGGAGAAACACAUCCUCUCAAUGGAGUCUGAUCUGGAGUGCCUGACAGAGCAGAAAGUCAAGCUGGAGGGAGAGAGAGAGGCUAGCCGCAGGGCUAAAGCAAACCUGGAACAGCAGCUGGCCACCCUCACCUCAGAGAGCGGACAACUCAGACAGGAGCUAGUGUCCUGCGCUGAGGAUAGAGACGAGCUGGAACAGUCAGUGUCACAGUGGAGGGAUAAGGCAGAGAGUCUGGAGAAGACAAACGUGGAUACUAGAGAGGUUAUUAAGAUCUUAGAGGAAGAUAUCAGAAACGGGAAGAGAGAAUCUAAUGUGGCGUCUGCUAACCUGGAGAGUCUGCAGAAGGAGAGAGGUCAGCUGGUGCUGCAGUGUCAGACACUAGAGAAGACCAUCACUCUGCAGAGCGGGGAGAAGGAAGACCUGAUUAACCAACUGAACAGCUUUAAAGAUAACCAGAGCUCUGCGAGCAGAGACACUGAGUCCAUGGCCUCUAAGAUCCAGUCUCUGGAAGGGGAGAUCUCUAGACUAGUCCAGUCUCUGGAGUCUUCUCUGCUAGAGAAAGGAGAGAUAGCCUCACGCCUCAACUCUACCCAGGAGGAGGUGGCCCAGAUGAGGUCGGGCAUCGAGAGGCUCCAGGUCCGCAUAGAGUCAGACGAGAGGAAGAAGAAACACAUAAGUGAACUGCUGAAGGCUGCCCAGAGGAAAGCUGAUGCUCUUCAGGACCAGAUAGACAAACAUGAGAGAGAGAGGGAAGAGGCUGACCAAAACCUAGAGGAGGCUGUGCUUCAGGCUGAGACGGCCAUGGCCCAACUAGAAGAGUUUGAGGAAGAGAAGAAGGAACUGGCCAAGAAGAUUGAGGAGAUGACCGCCGAACUGGACAGCCUGAGAAAUGAGAAGGAGAGGCUUGAGGGAGCGCUCUCCCUGAAGAACGCAGAGAUUGAGGAGAUGACCACCGAACUGGACAGCCUGAGAAAUGAGAAGGAGAGGCUUGAGGGAGCGCUCUCCCUGAAGAACGCAGAGAUUGAGGAGAUGAAGGCAGCAAACCGAGCUGCCACUGAGGAGCUGGAGAUUGGGAUGAGAGAGGCUGAGGAGAAACAGAGGGCAGUGGUGGAGGGGUUACAGGCCCAGCUUGGCUCUGUGAGCUCUGAGCUGCAGACACGCAGAGAAGACCUGGAGGGGGAGAAGGAGAGAAUGGUGUCUCUAGCGGCGGAGUGGGAGAAGGAGCGGGAGAGGCUGCAGCACUUAGUAGGGGAAUGGAAGACUGAGGGGGAGAGGCUGAAGAAAGAGGUGGAGCGACUGCAGGCUUUGGAGGUCGAGUGGGAGAAGGAGAGAGAGAUGCUGACUCUGAGAAUGCAGGAGGAUGUGGAGGCACAGCAGAGAGAGAUGGAGGACUUCAGAGAGAACCACAACACCCUGCAGCAAGAGAUCGAGAAGCUGCAGGCGCUACUGUCUGAGUGUGAGCAGAAAGAACAGGCUCAGUCUGCAGAGAGACUAGAACUACAGCAGCAGGCAGAAAGCUACAAGUUAUCCCUGGAGGAGGUUACCUCCGAGAAGGAGGUGCUGAAGGCACAGCAGGAGGAGGAGGUGGCAGCCCUUAGGGGUGAGCUGACCUCGGAGAAGGAGGUGCUGAGGGGACAGUUGGCUGCAGCGGAGGAGAAGAUCAGAGGUCAGCUGUCAGAGCUGAGCAGCCUGAGAACCAGAAUGGAGGAGCUCAGAACUUCCAUCACGGAGCAGGACAGCAGCAAACAGGUAUCUGAGUUGAGCUCCAGAGUGGUCCAUCUGUCUAAGCAGAGGGACUCAGCCCUCAGUAAGAUGAGCCUGUGGAUGAACUCCUGUAAACAGCUGGAGAAGGAGAGGGAGGCUCUUGUACUGGAGACCCAGCAACUACAGGCCAGCCAGACACCAGUUCCAGCUGGUGAAGGGAGCAGUGAGGAGGUGCAGACUGAACUCAAAGAGUUGAAGAAAGCUCUAGAGGAGAGGAGUGAGGAGGUGCAGGAGCUCAGCAAGACUCUAGAAGAGAAGAGCAGGGAGUUGGAGGUUCAGAAGAGGAGCAGUGAGGCUGAAUUGGAGGAGCUCACUGAAUCGUUGGAGGAGAGGAGCAGGGAGGCGGACGAGAGCAUGGAUAAAUACUGCAGCCUGAUGGUCCGUGUCCACAAGCUGGAGGAGACCAACGACAUGCUCAAAACACGCCUGGAGCGCCUUGUCACGCAGACCGCUAACAACACGGCUAGCAACACAGCUAACAACGCUAGCAACACGGCUAACAACGCUAGCAACACGGCUAACAACGCUAGCAACACGGCUAACAACGCUAGCAACAAAACACCCAGGAGAAAGUCAGGCAGGAGGUCAGCCGCCAGGGCACAGGAAGCACUCAUCCCGUCGGCUCUCGUGGAGGCAGACUCUGAGAACACGGUGCCUGCUGGUCAGGGGUCUUUGGGGAAGAGGGGUUGUGGUGCGCUAGCAGCUAGCGACAACAGCAACACUCCAUUUAAAGCCCAAGAGGCCCUGCUGAACACUGCCAAGAGGGUCAAAGCAACGGCAACCACGUCCAAACCAGGAAGUAGACAGGAAGAGGAGGAGUUUAGGCCAGAGGGACUUCCUGAGCUGGUGCAGAGAGGGUUUGCUGAUAUCCCUCUAGGAGAGGCCAGUCCCUAUAUCAUAAGGAGAACCGCAGUGCAGCGCUGUAGCCCUCGUCUGGCCGCCGCACGGCACACUGCCACCACCCCCUCUGCAGCCCCCCAACACAAGGUGCUGGAGCCCAUGGCCCUCCAGAGCCCUGCUGGCAUGGCAACUCUGUCUGACAGCCCUGUUGGGAAAGGCCUGUGUGUUAGUCCCGCCUCCAGCGGCGAGGAGAGGCGUGGCCGUCGGUCCCUGAGCACACGGAAGACUCCGGAACAGAGGGAGAAACGCAAAGAGGCCAUGAUGACAUCCUCACGCCAAGAGGAGAACUGCCAAGUGCAGUAACAUAGAAACUAACUAACCUGUACAAUACCUACCAGCAGUAGGUGCCAGUAACACCCCAGCCCAAACCAAUGCGAUGACAGAAUACUGGUACAUGCCGGUGUCAGAAUGUCCAUUGUAUGUCUAAAAUGGCAGACCUGUAAAUAGCAUUACUAAUGUCUAUUAUCUGCCUGCUUUCUGUGGUACAGGUGGAACCUGAUUCUCUAAUGGCAGCUGUAGAUGUUAAAUGUCUCUGUUCGUUUUGUUUUAUAUUUUCUAUACCUCCUGAUUUACUACUACCCAUUAAUAGCACAAUAAGAGACUUUAAUUUGAAUGCGUUGUAAUCUUUUAUAUGGCUGGUUUUCCAGACCCAAAUUAACCCUAUUGGACUGGAAAGCAUGCCCGAUGGAGGAUCUCCAUACCAUUGAAAUUACUUUUAAAUGCAGGAAUAAGGUUAAUGUGUGUCUGGGGAAACCAGCCCAUAAAGUCGUAUAAGAUUCACUCCAAUACCUAGUUCUGUAGUGUUACUGGUGUUUUCUGUGUCAAUAACUAACUAAUAAUUCCACUUCCCUCCAGCUCAUUGGUUGUACAUAUUGAUGUAACUGCAGUUUUACAAUACAUUGAUCACAUUUGCUUGA